GGGCUUGAGUCGUGCUGGAAGAGCCAUGUCGGACUCGGAAGACUAUUCCUCCGAGGAAGAUGAAGAUUACCUUCCUUCAGGUGAGGAUUACAGUGAAGAUGAUGUGAAUGAAUUGGUGGAAGAGGAUGAGCAGGAGGAGAAACAGUCACAUGGAGAAAAGUGCAAAAAGCGUUCCGAGGGGAUCACAGGCCGGAAGAGGCACAAAGGAGGUGGCCUCUCCUUAGAACAGGGUGGCGAAACCUCGAAAGAUGAUGCAGGGGACAGCAAGGAUGGCGAUGAUCUGGAAGAGAGUCGCCCGGUUGUAAAGGAGGAAGAGAAAAAGAAAAAAGAGGAUGCUCUGUGGGCCAGCUUCCUCAGCGACGUGGGCCAGGAACCCAGAGCCGCUGCUACUGUGGAUCCAGUGACCUGUGCACAGAAAGAAAAGCCAGCAGAGAAAAACUCUUGCAAGCCUCCAGAGGUGGCAAAGGAGCCCAAGAAGCCCACAGUCGCCAUUACCGAAGUGUUUGACUUUGCAGGCGAGGAGGUGAGGAUCACUAAGGAGGUAGAUGCUUCAUCCAAAGAAGCCCAGGUCUUUCUGAAACAACAAGAGCAAAAGGUGGUCAGCCCAGUUUCUCAUCCUACAGGUUCUGGAGUGAAGCGGCCAAGUGGCAUCAACAGCCUGCUGGGGAAGCUGGGUGCCAAGAAGCAGAAGAUGAGCACGCUGGAGAAGUCCAAGCUGGACUGGGAACACUUCAAAGAAGAGGAGGGCAUCGGGGAUGAGCUGGCCAUCCACAACCGGGGGAAAGAAGGAUACCUGGAGAGGAAAGCGUUUCUGGAGAGGGUGGACCACAGGCAGUUCGAGAUCGAGCGGGACAUCCGGUUGAGCAACAUGAAACCCUGAGGCUGCUGCGGAUCC